AUGAAACAUUAAUUGCUUUUUAAAGAAUAAAUUAAUUUUUUACUGAUGUAUUUACAAUUUACUAAAAAGAUUGGGUUAUAUUUUUAAAUAAUAAUAUAACAAGUUAAUUGUUUGAAAUUAAAAACAUCAAAAAUCAAGAUGCUGUAUUGUAUAGUGGCAACAUAAAACCACAAUUGUUUAAUGUCAUAGAUUCUAAUGACCCAAAUAGAUAUAUCCUUUUUGAUUAAAUUAGCCAAAUUUUAUAUAUUAUGGAUUUUAGUUUUAAUAUAUUACAUAAAUUUUAUCCACCUUAUGGAAUAUCAUAAUAUGACAGAUCUUUUAAACAAAUAAAGAAUUUAUAAGGCUAUUAUGCUAUUAUAAGCCAUUAUGAUCCUAUCUAAGAUCCUUAUGGAGUUCACGGAAUUUAUUUGUAUAACGAAUAUACAAACAAAGUAAUUUAUAAUCCUCUUGAUCAUCCAAAUUAGAUUAGAAUAGAAAUAGUGGAAUCUUUUGAAUUAAAUUCUAAUAUUUAUAUAUGCUUUCUUUUUAAUACAUAAUAUAUAUUGA